AGCCAACAUCUACAACUUUAGAGGAAACUUCGACCACUGCUGAGCCCACUUUAAGUACAGAAGCAUCCACAAUGUCAAAGAAAACUUCAACAGUUUCUGUGUUCUCAUCAAGCACUCAGAAUCCAUCCCCGACUUUAGAGAUAAUGUCGACAACUUCCAAACCAACCUCAAUCACUUUAAAACCAACUACAUCUACUGUUGAGCCAACAUCUACAACUUUAGAAAAAAAGUCGAGCACUGCUGAACCAACUUCAAGUAAAGAAGCAUCCACGAUGUCAAAGAAAACUUCAACAGUUACUGAGUCCACUUCAAGCACUGAAGAACCAACCUCGACUUCAGUGAUCAAGUCUACAACUUUCAACCCCUCUUCAACCAUUUCGGAACCAACUAUAUCUACUGUUGAGCCAACAUCUACAACUUUAGAGGAAACAUCGACCACUGCUGAGCUAAUUUCAAGUACAGAAGCAUCCACAACAUCAAAGGAAAUUUCUACAAUGUCCACUUCAAGCACUAAAGAACCAACCUCGACUACAGAGAUCAAGUUGACAACUUCUAAACCAUCCUCAACCACUUUAAAACCAACUACAUCUACUGUUGAGCCAACAUCUACAACUUUAGAGAAAUCGUCGAGCACUCCUGAACCAACUUCAAGUACAGAAGCAUCCACGAUGUCAAAGAAAACUUCAACAGUUCCUGAGUCCACUUCAAGCACUGAAGAACCAACCUCGACUUCAGUGAUCAAGUCAACAACUUUCAAACCCUCUUCAACCACUUCGGAACCAACUAUACCUACUGCUGAUCCGACAUCUACAACUUUAGAGGAAACGUCGACCACUGCAGAGCCAACUUCAAGUACAGAAGCAUCCACAACAUCAAAGGAAAUUUCUACAAUGUCCUUUUCAAGCACUAAAGAACCAACCUCGACUACAGAGAUCAAGUUGACAACUUCUAAACCAUCCUCAACCACUUUAAAACCAACUACAUCUACUGUUGAGCCAACAUCUACAACGUUAGAGAAAUCGUCGAGCAUUGCUGAACCAACUUCAAGUACAGAAGCAUCUACGAUGUCAAAGAAAACUUCAACCGUUACUGAGUCCACUUCAAGCACUGAAGAACCAACUUCGACUUCAGUCAUCAAGUCUACAACUUUCAAACCCUCUUCAACCACUUCGGAACCAACUAUAUCUACUGUUGAGCCAACAUCUUCAACUUUAGAGGAAACGUCGACCACUGUUGAGCCAACUUCAAGUACAGAAGCAUCUACGAUGUCAAAGAAAACUUCAACAGUUUCUGAGACCACUUCAAGCAGUGAAGAACCAAUCUCGACUUCAGUGAUCAAGUCUACAACUUUCAAACCCUCUUCAACCACUUCGGAACCAACUACAUCUACUGUUGAGCCAACAUCUACAACUUUAAAGAAAUCGCCGAGCACUGCUGAACCAACUUCAAGUACAGAAGCAUCUACGAUGUCAAAGAAAACUUCAACAGUUACUGAGUCCACUUCAAGCAGUGAAGAACCAACCUCGACUUCAGUGAUCAAGUCAACAACUUUCAAACCUUCUUCAACCACUUCGGAACCAACUAUAUCUACUGUUGAGCCAACAUCUACAACUUUAGAGGAAACGUCGACCACUGCUGAGCCAACUUCAAGUACAGAAGCAUCAACAAUGUCAAAGAAAACUUCAACAGUUACUGUGUUCUCAUCAAGCACUCAAAAUCCGUCCCCGACUUUAGAGAUAACGUCGACAACUUCCAAACCAACCUCAACAACUUUAAAACCAACUACAUCUACUGUUGAGCCAACAUCUACAACUUUAGAGAAAUCGUCGAGCACUGCUGAACCAAGUUCAAGUACAGUAGCAUCUACGAUGUCAAAGAAAACUUCAACAGUUACUGAGUCCACUUCAAGCACUGAACAACCAACCUCGACUUCAGUGAUCAAAUCUACAACUUUCAAACCCUCUUCAACCCCUUCGGAACCAACUAUAUCUACUGUUGAGCCAACAUCUUCAACUUUAGAGGAAACGUCGACCACUGCUGAGCCAAGUCCAAGUAGAGAAGCAUCCACAACAUCAAAGGAAAUUUCUACAAUGUCCACUUCAAGCACUAAAGAACCAACCUCGACUACAGAGAUCAAGUUGACAACUUCUAAACCAUUCUCAACCACUUUAAAACCAACUACAUCUACUGUUCAGCCAACAUAUACAACUUCAGAGAAAAAGUCGAGCACUGCUGAACCAACUUCAAGUACAGAAGCAUCCACAAUGUCAAAGAAAACUUCAACAGUUACUGUGUUCUCAUCAAGCACUCAGAAUCCAUCCCCGACUUUAGAGAUAACGUCGACAACUUCCAAACCAACCUCGACCACUUUAAAACCAACUACAUCUACUGUUGAGCCAACAUCUUCAACUUUCGAGAAAUCGUCGAGCACUGCUGAACCAACUUCAAGUACAGAAGCACCCACGAUAUCAAAGAAAACUUCAACAGUUACUGAGUCCACUUCAAGUACGGAUACAUCUACAACUACAAAUAUUUCAUACAGUACAACCUCACCAAAAACUCAAAAGGAAACAACUACGGCUAAAGUGCUUACUUCAACUUCCUCAACAAUGGAAAAAACAACUUCUUUGAGUUCAUUAAUGACCACUGAUGAAAGAAAGACAACGUCUGCUGGGCAUACUACAAAUCAAAUGUCUACUACACCGUCUAUAAAAACGACAUUCCAACCAGCAACCUCUAAGACAACGAAAGCUUCAACACUUUCAACCAAACAAUCUUCGACUUCUUCAACAUUCUCAGACACUACUACAAAAAAAAUGACCACAAAACCACAAACUACGUCCAAAAAACCAGUUAUAACAACAACCAAACCCAUAACCACAAAAAUAUCAACUACAACAACUAAAAAACCUACGACUUCUACUAAGCUUUCGACAACCAAAAAGACAACCACGAUAUCUUCCAGAAAACCAGUUUUUUCAACAAGCACACCAAGAACAACAAAAAUAUCAACUAUUACUACUAAAAAACCUACAACUUCUACUAAGGUUUCGACAACCAAAAAGACAACCACGAUAUCUUCCAGAAAACCAGUUUUUACAACAAGCACACCAAGAACCACAAAAAUAUCAACUAUUACAACUAAAAAACCAACAACUUCUACUAAGUUUUCGACAACCAAAAAGACAACCACGAUAUCUUCCAGAAAACCAGUUUUUACAACAAGCACACCAAGAACCACAAAAAUAUCAACUAUUACAACUAAAAAACCUACAACUUCUACUAAGGUUUCGACAUCCAAAAAGACAACCACGAUGUCUUCCAGAAAACCAGUUUUUACAACAAGCACACCAAGAACCACAAAAAUAUCAACUAUUACAACUAAAAAACCCUCAACUUCUACUAAGGUUUCGACAACCAAAAAGACAACCACGAUAUCUUCCAGAAAACCAGUUUUUUCAACAAGCACACCAAGAACCACAAAAAUAUCAACUAUUACAACUAAAAAACCUACAACUUCUACUAAAGUUUCGACAACCAAAAAGACAACCACGAAAUCUUCCAGAAAACCAAUUUUUACAACAAGAAAACCAAUAUCCACAAAAAUUUCAACUGUAUCAACUAAAAAACCUACAACUUCUACUAAAGUUUCGACAACCAAAAAUACAACCACGAUAUCUUCCAGAAAACCAGUUUCUACAACAAGCAAACCAAUAACCACAAAAAUAUCAACUGUAUCAACUAAAAAACCUACAAUUUCUGCUAAGGUUUCGACAACCAAAAAGACAACCACGAUAUCUUCCAGAAAACCAGUUUUUACAACAAGCAAACCAAUAUCCACAAAAAUAUCUACUGUAUCUAUUAAAAAACCUACGACUUCUACUAAGGUUUCGACAACUAAAAAGACAACCACGAUAUCUUCCAAAAAACCAGGUUUUACAACAAGCAAACCAAAAACCACAAAAAUAUCAACUAUUUCAGUUAAAAAACCUACGACUUCUACUAACGUUUCGUCAACCAAAAAGGCAACCACGAUAUCUUCCAAAAAACCAGGUUUUACAACAAGCAAACCAAAAACCACAAAAAUAUCAACUAUUUCAGUUAAAAAACCGACGACUUCUACUAAGGUUUCGUCAACCAAAAAGGCAACCACGAUAUCUUCCAAAAAAACAGGUCUUACAACAAGCAAACCAAAAACUACAAAAAUAUCAACUAUUUCAAUUAAAAAGCUUAUGACUUCUACUAAGGUUUCGUCAACCAAAAAGAAAACCACCACGUCUUCCAAAAACCAAGGUUUUACAACAAUCAAACCAAAAACCACAAAAUCAUUCACUAUUUUAGCUAAGCAACCUACGACUUCUAAGGUUUUGUCAACCAAAAAGACAAACACAAUAAUUUCCAAAAAAUCAGGAGUCACAAGAAUCACACCGAAAACAGCAAAAAAAUCAACUAUUUCAACUACCUUUUUUUCAGCGAAAAUGAAAACUACGAUAUUUCCUAAACUGACAUCAACAAAUACUGUAGAAAAGAAAACAAACAAAAAUAAGCCAACAAUUGGCCAACUUAUUUUCCAACACCAGGAAAAUGAUUUACGAAAAGACGACCAACCAAAUCUUAAUGAUAAAAUAAUUAUACGGCCUCUCCUCCAACCACAGAAACAGCCAGUUAAUUUUGAAAAGCAAGCUGAGAUAAAAUUGGUACAAAGGCAAAAUCAACAUAUACAAAAAGAAAUCAUAGAACUACCAAUUCUUUAUAAACUGUACCAACAGUUUAUUUUAAAGCAAAAAGCUUCGAAAAAAUAGGAGGUGAAAAUCACAAACGAGUUACUGUAAGGGUUCAUAAAGGACCAAUAACUAUCCCUGAGGUAUAUUUAUAUUCGAAGGUCCUUAACAAUAUUAGGGUGUGGGGUAUAGGGGGUACGGUAGUUGUAGCUAAUAGUGGAAUUCAGAGGGUUUAAUGUCCAUUAUGUUUUUCCUUAUACGUUUCUUCCCUGAGUGACCAAUCGUCAUCAAAUUUUGUACAUAAUUCUGUCAAAAUUUGAUACACCAUGUAGUGGGGUUUUCAUUUGUUUUUAUUACUGUUUUAAAAAAUUAAUUUGCGUACUUGUUACUUAGCUGGUUGCCGAAUCCUAGGCAGUGAAUUCGCUUUUUUGCGUAACCUUCCAACUGUCAGUGCAGUGAGUGCUCAGCAGUGUAAACAAAAAGAAAAAAAAGUUUGGAUCUUCCCUAGCAAGACCAGUUUUCUGCUAUGGGAGUGGAGAAUAUUUCUCAUUCUAUUUGAUUUGGUUUUUAUGUUCUUGUUCGAUUUCGUCUCUUUUCUUCUCUUUACUAUGUAUUUUCCCACUAUUACUUUUUUAACUCUUUUGUUUUAUUAAUACCUCUUUUUGUUUACUGUUUUUUAUCUUGAUUUUAAUAAAUUUGGUUGUCCAA